AGGAGGCGAUGGAGCCGGGCAAUGAAGCUGACACACAGACGGUGAUGGCAGCAGAGUCGGGUGGCAAAAUGGGUGUGGAGACUUCGAAGAAGGCGAAGACAGGCAGUGGAGCAGGUGUGGAGAUGGUGGAGACCGCAAAGAGGGUGAAGCGGGCAAAGAAGGCUGGCGGAGUUGGUGCCCAGGCCCUGAAGAUGAUUAGCAGAGUGGGCACAGAGAUGGUGGAAACUUCAAAAGUGGGCAGUGAAGAGGGUGUACAGGCGGCACAGGCUGGUAGUGAAGCAGGCAAGCAGGCAGUGGCAGAGGCAGGUGGUGAAGCAAACAUACAAUUGGCACAGUCAGUGGAGAUGGGCAGUGAAACAGGAGCUCAGGCGGCUGAGUCGAGCAGCGAAGUAGGCGGGCAGAUGGUGGAGAUGGGUGGCAAAGCAUGUAUACAGACAGUGCAGGCAGUGGAGACAGACUUUGAAGUGGGCAUGCAGAAGGCACAGGCAGUGGAGAUUGGUGUUGAAUUGGGCACUCAGAUGGCACAGGCAAUUGAGAUGGGUGGUGAAGCAGGAGCACAAACAAUGCAGGUGGCAGAGACAGGUGGUGAAGUGGGCAUGCAGCAGGCACAGGCAGUGGAGAUGGGCAGUGAAGCAGGAGCACAGACAACGCAGGCAGCAGAGAAAGAUGGUGAAGUAGACACACAGCAGGCACAGGCAGCAGAGAUGGGCCGUGAAGCAAGAGCAGAAACAGUGCAGGUGGCAGAGACAGGUGGUGAAGUGGGCACACAGGUGGCACAGGCAGCAGAGAUGGGUGGUAAAGUGGGUGUGCAGAUGGCACAGGCAGUGGAGAUGGGUGGAGAAACAGGAAUGCAGACACUGCAGUGGGGCAGUGAAGGGGGUACAUGGAUAGCACAGGAGGCAGAAGCAGGUGGCCAAGCAGUCAUGCAGAUGACAGAGAUGGGCGGUGAAGCAGGUGUACAGAAGACACAGGUGAUAGAAAUGGGUGGUGAAGUGAGUGUGCAGGUGGCGCAGGCAGGGGAGAUGGGCAGUGAAACAGGAGUGCAGGCACCAGAGUCAGGCAACGAAGCAGGUACACAGAUGGUGCAGUCGGCCGAGACAGGCAGUGAAACAGGCACACAGACGACAGAGAUGGGAGGUGGAGAUGUGGCAAAGACAGCAGAGAGGGGCAAUGGAGAGGGCACGAAGGUGGCAGAGACAGGAGUUGGAGACUGUGUAAAGGUGGCAGAGAUGGGUGGUGAAGACAGCAUGAAGAUGGCAGAGUAGUAGCUUAGAGGGCAGGGUGGACCAGAGGGGCGGGCACACUGACAGGUGGACAAUGAGGUGAGCCAUCAGGCACAACCACCAAACUGAAGCGCUUUUGUGUUACCAAAGGA